CCGCUCCUGCAACUCGUACAUCACUUCUGUCGCCCGGCUGCAAGAGGAAAGCAGAUGGUUUCACCGGUCUCCUUGGGGGUAGCCUCUCUGGCCGGAGUCUUGCUGUGUCUGGCCGCCCAGAUGCUGCAUUCAGCCGAAGUGGCGAGGCUCAGGAGGGAGCUGGAGGGUCUGAGGGCGGAGUGCAGUGACCAGGGCAGCAGACGGGAGGCCGACGGCGAGUCACUGGACGUCUCCCGUGCGAUGGGUAACACGAGGUCACCUGGCAACACCUCACCCAUACCUCCACAACGGGAACCCCCGCAUCCCGCCCACUUCCAACGCAGGGAAACAGAGCGACAAACUCUCCGCGUGGAACGAGACUCCGGGAGCAAACUGAGGCACAGGCAGAGAAGAAGAAACUCAUUGAUCCACUUGGUACCGUCCUCUUAUCAAUUACAGGGUGACAGUACCAUUAUUCACUGGCAGAAGAUCUUACACACUGGGGAAUCCUUUGAACAGAACAACAGUACAAUCGCCAUUAAAGGGAAUGGUUACUAUCUUAUUUACACCCAGGUCCUGUAUCAGGACCAUACAUUUGUCAUGGGUCAUGUCGUGAAAAGAAAGGAACAGAAAAGGCAGAAAGAGGGAGAGACGCUGCUCAGAUGCACUCAGAAUAUGCCAGAGGAACAGCCUUUCAACACCUGCUACAGUGCAGGUAUCUACAGGCUACAAAAAGGAGACAUAAUAGAACUGGUGAUUCCUCGAAAUUCUGCGGCCAUUGUCAUGGAGAAAGACUCAACUUUCAUGGGGUUGAUGAAAGUGUGACCUAACCACGGGGGCUAUCUUCCCAGGGCAGCCAUCACGCACCUUGGGCUCAUUUUGUAUUUUUCCAUCUCAAACUCCACCAGGUCCCUCUGAGAUCUUGUGAAUUGGAUCUAGUGUAAUAAUCUCCACAAUUAGAGAGAAACAUUCAGUCCCCUCCAGCCUGUUCCAUCAUUCUAUGGCCGGUUGUGAGGUUACAGCGUGAGAUAUCCUCUCUAGUCUCUGAUAUGUGGCUCAUUCUCAUUCUAUUGGCACACAUUUCUUGGGAAUUCUCUUCCAAACCACUUCCGCUAUCUAACUUCUGGCCUCCUUAGAAACCUGAUCACUAAAAUCACAGCUUUUGUGUCAGUUGAUAGGAUUUUUACCUUUGAGUCACAAGACUCUGGGUUUGAAUCCAUGUAGGGCUUGAAUGCAAAAAUGAAGUCUGUCAGUACUCAGAGAGUGCUGCACAGUUGGUGGCACUGAUUUUCUGAUGAGACAUUCAACCAAGGCUUGGGUUGAUGUAAAAGAUCCCUUGGCACUACUUUCACUAAGAGCAGGGCAGAUAUCCCUAGUGACUUGGCCAAUAUUUAUUCCUCAAUAUCACAAUCAAUCAAUAUCACAAAAAAUGGGUGAUCUGGUCAUCACAGGGGUAGCACAUUGACUCAGUGGCUAGCAGUACUGCUUCACAGUGCAAGAGACCCAGGUUCGAUUCCAGCUUCGGAUGGCUGUCUAGGUGGAGUUUGCAAAUUCUCCCCAUUUCCGCGUGGGUUUCUUCCAGGUGC